GCGCAGUCAGUUCGGUGCUGCCUGGCGGAGUGAUCCCGGGAUGGAGAGCCCGCGGAGCGCGCACUGAGCCGGUAUCUUCCGCAGGAUGACCACCUCCACCGCUGCCGGGGCGGCAGCUCCCCCUUGCCGUCUGGCUCAUUACUUCGUCAUCUGCGGGACAGACGCGGACAGCGGGCUGGAGCCUGACGAGCUGGCUGUCUUAUACCAGUGGCUAGAAGCAGAUCGACAUGGCAGAAGCCACGACUCAGGUGAGAAUUUUGAUCAGAGUCCACUGAGAAGAACUUUUAAAUCGAAAGUGCUCGCUCACUAUCCUCAGAAUGUGGAGUGGAACCCCUUCGAUCAAGAUGCAGUUAAUAUGCUGUGUAUGCCAAAGGGACUAUCGUUUAGGACGCAAGCUGACAACAGAGACCCCCAGUUUCAUUCAUUCAUUAUCACCCGAGAGGAUGGCUCUCGCACAUACGGGUUUGUGCUUACAUUUUACGAAGAGGUUACAAGCAAGCAGAUCUGCAGCGCCAUGCAGACAUUGUAUCACAUGCAUAAUGCAGAACAGUGUAACAGCGUCUACGCAUCUUCUUCGUGCAGCAUGGACUCAUUGGCUAGCAGUGUUGAUGAAGGGGAUGCAACCUCAUUGGCAAAGAUGCAACGUUAUAACUCAUAUGACAUAAGCAGAGAUACUCUUUAUGUCUCAAAGUGCAUAUGUCUAAUUACCCCACUACCAUUCAUGCAGUCAUGCAAGAAGUUCUUAACGCAACUAUUCAAAGCAGUUACAUCUCCUCAACCUCCUCCAUUACCCUUGGAAAGCUACAUCCAUAAUAUCCUGUAUGAAGUACCUCUACCACCACCUGGAAGGUCACUCAAGUUUUAUGGUGUGUAUGAGCCUAUUGUUUGUCAGCGACCAGGACCGAAUGAGUUGCCUCUUUCGGACUAUCCUUUACGAGAGGCAUUCGAGCUACUUGGGCUGGAGAAUCUGGUUCAGCUUUUCACAUGUGUGCUUCUGGAGAUGCAGAUCUUGCUUUACUCUCAAGAUUACCAGCGUCUGAUGACUGUGGCAGAAGGCAUCACUUCUUUGCUUUUCCCAUUUCAAUGGCAGCAUGUGUAUGUUCCAAUUUUACCCGCCUCCCUCCUUCAUUUCCUUGAUGCACCAGUUCCAUACCUGAUGGGUCUUCAGUCUAAAGAAGGGACAGACCGUUCUAAACUUGAACUUCCACAGGAGGCUAAUUUGUGCUUUGUGGACAUUGACCAUCACUUCAUUGAACUCCCUGAGGAGUUUCCACAGUUCCCGAACAAACUGGAGUUUAUCCAAGAAAUAUCUGAGGUUCUUUUGCAAUACGGAAUCCCGCCUGAGGGAAACCUACACUGCAGUGAGAGUGCUACAAAGUUAAAGAGCCUUGCAUUGGAUGAUUUGGUCAAUGACAAGAAGAAUGGAAAUAUCUCCAGUAACAAUAUUAACAUGUAUGAACUGCUGAAAGGAAAUGAAACCAUUGCCCGUCUCCAGGCUCUUACCAAAAGGACAGGAAUAACCAUGGAAAAGAUUACCAUCCGCACACCUCUGGUAGACACAGAGGACGACCAAAAGCUGCAGUGUGCAGAGAAUGAACUGAAAGAUUAUAAACUUAACGUUCAGAUACGAGAAGUCUUUGCUAAUCGUUUCACCCAGAUGUUUGCAGAUUAUGAAUCCUUCGUCAUUCAAGCAGCCCAUGACAUGGAAUCAUGGCUCACAAACCGAGAGCAGAUGCAGAAUUUUGACAAAGCCUCUUUCCUAUCUGACCAGCCUGAGCCGUAUCUCCCCUUUCUCUCUCGCUUCAUUGAGACUCAAAUGUUUGCCACAUUCAUUGACAAUAAAAUUAUGUCUCUCUGGGAGGAGAAGGAACCUCUCCUUCGUGUAUUUGACACACGGAUUGAGAAGAUACGUCUGUACAAUGUGAGAGGGCCAGCUAUUCGUACUUCCACCUAUCAGAAAUGUUCCACCUUGAAGGAAGCUGCUCAGUCAAUAGAGCAGCGACUUAUGAAGAUAGAUCACACUGCUAUCCAUCCACAUCUAUUGGACAUGAAAAUUGGACAAGGAAAAUAUGAACAAGGUUUCUUUCCCAAACUACAAUCAGAUGUGCUGAUGACCGGGCCAACAAAUAAUAAUCGAUGGGUCAGCCGUAGUGCAACCGCACAGAGGAGAAAAGACCGAUUACGGCAGCACUCAGAACAUCUUGGGUUAGACAAUGACCUAAGGGAGCCAUCAGAGGAGAUUCUGAUCCGGCAGAACUCCAUGGCAUUCUGGGAGUGGGACCUGGGGUUCCCUCCUCCAGCACGGCCUCCCAAAAAAUCCUUCUCUGAGUGCUGCCUGAAAUAUAUGCAAGAAGCCAGGAGUUUGGGAAAGACUGUUCGGCAACCCAAACUGUCAGAUUUGUCCCCUGCAGUUAUUGCUCAAACUAAUUGGAAGUUUGUUGAAGGUUUACUAAAGGAAUGCCGGAUGAAGACAAAGCGCAUGUUGGUUGAAAAAAUGGGCCAUGAAGCGGUGGAGUUGGGUCAUGGAGAGGCUAAUAUAACUGGACUGGAAGAAAAUACCCUCAUUGCUAGCUUGUGUGAUCUGCUAGAGAGAAUAUGGAGCCAUGGUCUUCAAGUCAAACAGGGCAAAUCUGCACUGUGGUCCCAUCUACUUCAUUUUCAAGAAAGGGAAGAGAAGCAAGAGCAUUUGGCUGAAUCACCAGUUGCCCUUGGACCAGAGCGAAGAAAAUCUGAGAGCGGAGUUACCUUGCCUUCCCUCCGUGUGUCACUCACUCAGGAUAUGCGGCAUAUUCAGCAUUUAGGUGAAAUAAAGACGGAUGUUGGCCGAGCUCGUGGUUGGAUAAGACUGUCUCUUGAAAAGAAGCUGCUUUCACAGCACCUUAAGCAGCUUCUGACCAAUCAGGCUCUCACAAAGAAACUGUACAAACGCUAUGCAUUCCUGCGAUGUGAGGAGGAGAAGGAACAAUUUCUCUACCAUCUCUUAUCUCUAAAUGCUGUGGACUACUUUUGCUUUACUAGUGUUUUCACCACAAUAAUGAUUCCAUACAGGACUGUAAUCAUCCCCAUCAAAAAACUGAGCAAUGUAAUCACCACAUCCAACCCGUGGAUCUGUAUUUCUGGAGAACUGGGAGACACUGGAGUGAUGCAGAUACCCAAAAACCUGCUUGAAAUGACCUUUGAGUGUCAAAAUCUGGGCAAAUUGACAACGGCUCAGCUGGGUCAUGAUAACUCUGGUUUCUUGGCCAAGUGGCUCGUGGACUGUGUCAUGGUUCGAAAUGAAAUCACAGGACAUACUUACAAGUUUCCAUGUGGCCGCUGGUUGGGGAAGGGCGUGGAUGACGGGAGUCUUGAGCGAAUCCUUAUUGGGGAGCUGAUAACUCCAGUAUGUGAGGAUGACCUUGGGAAACAGAGCCGCACCCCUCCUCAACAGAAAUCUCCCACAGUGGCUCGCCGGCUGAGUAUCACAACUCUAACUGGGAAGAAUAACAAACCAAAUGCAGGACAGAUCCAGGAAGGAAUCGGUGAAGCUGUGAAUAAUAUUGUGAAACAUUUUCACAAGCCAGAAAAAGAGAGGGGCAGUUUAACCAUCCUGCUAUGCGGGGAGAAUGGCCUGGUGUCUGCCCUAGAGCAAGUUUUUCAUCAUGGAUUCAAAACUGCCCGUAUUUUCCACAAGAGUGUGUUUAUCUGGGACUUCAUAGAAAAGGCAGUGGCAUAUUUUGAAACCACUGACCAGAUAGGAGAAAAUGAAGAAGACCAAUUGUUACAGAGAUUAUCCUGCAAGACCUUCUGUCACUAUGUUAAUACCAUCGUGGUGGCCCCCAGAAACAUUGGGAAAGAUGGCAAAUUUCAGCUUUUGGUUUGCCUGGGAGCUCGUGACCAUUUGCUAUCUCAGUGGAUUCCUCUUCUUUCCGAGUGUCCAGCAAUUACUAGGAUGUAUGAAGAGCAUGCCCUUCUUAGAGACGCUAUGAUGGUUCAUUCUCUUGUCCGGGUGCUACAGACACUGCAUGAUUUCAAUAUUGUGUUAGAGGGAUCUCUGACUAAAGGAGUGGACGUAUAAACAUAUUUUUCAAAGACUUUGCAAUCCUUGCUUCGUAAUUCUGGAUAGUAUUGUAGAUCUCCUGAGCCUUGUGACCUGAGAAUUUAACUUCAAAUUACUUUAUGCACUGGACUGUAGCAAAUCACUGUAAACAAGAGACUGCGGCUCUUUAGAGGGACUGUGAGCUACAGAUUUGUGGCUGAAACUUGACUCAACACUCUCUCAUAGACUAGUAUUCAAUAUUUAGUACAAUAGAAUAUUUUCAUGUGUUGUGUGUAAAUACUGCUGUAGCAUUUUUUUAAAGAACUAAUUAGGAAAUAUUAAUCAGGUGACAUGAAUUGGUUGAAUGAUUUAUUCACUCUUUUGAGUGUCAGAUCAAUGGCUAACCCAUCUAAAGCAAGGGUUUCCUAACCACCUGAGUGGCAAUAAGGUAGAUCAUUCUCUGCUCUAAUUUUCAAAAAAAUAACUACUUCAUUGCGCUACGUUUUUUCCUAAAUAGAAACUUGAAGUGUUAGGAACUUUUACCAAUUUUAAAAAAUUUGGGCCACAUACAAGUGUGCUUUGCAAAAGUUACAUGCAUUACCUCAUUCCGCAUGAGUAAACAGAGAUUAAUGCUGAUCAUGAAUUUAGAAAAUGUGAUGUAAAUAACUCAGAGAACUGGAAUAUCUAUUUUCCUAAGUUAUAUAUAGUAAGAAACCACUGCAAGUAUUAAGAUGUAGCCAUUCUUAUUCCUGUUAAAUAUAGAUAUAUUGUGAAUGUAAAUGCUUAUUCCGAGGUUUUGGUUAUCUCUUGUGUCAUUCCCCCCUUUUUUGAGGUCUGUGAUUUCAUACAUAUUUUGAAGGGUUUAAACAUUUGUUUUAAGUGUCAUGUUAAACAUACUGUAUUCAGUGCAUAUAUUUGUUCUUCUGCUCACGGAAAAAAAAACUGUUCCAUAGGCCUUUUAAUAAAGCAGUUUUGAUGUGUAUAUCAUUCCCCUGCAGUCUCACUGCCUAAUUCUCUGCCAUUUAGGAGUUAAAUCACUUAUGUCUCCAUGCAACCCUGGCUGUGACUGAUACAGCCUGCAUGAAAUUAAUGGUUUCAUUUUCAAUCUCAUCUUUAACUUUCUUAAGAAGUUCUUGUCUCCUGCUUUGUAAAUUGAACUUUAAUCAUCACACACUGGAGGUUCCUACAGGCUCUAGCAGACUAUUAACAGAGCAUAAGUCAGGAAAUUCUACAUGAAACAGACUAUGCAAUCAAAGAAGUUUAAACAUUACAUCUCUCUUUACAGGAAGUGUUUAGGAAAAUUGUGUAAGCCACAUGCAGGAAGGUGUGACUAGGACUGCAUACACAAAGUGAUUUAACUCCUAAAUGGCAGGGGCAUGAUCUAUACACCUAAACUGCUUAAUUAAGCUAAAAUUGUUUUGGUGACUAUAGUGUCCCUUUGAGUAUUUUCAGUUGGCAGUUAAAGGAAUACUAAAGUCGCCAUCCUAGCUUAAGUGCACUUGAUAGGUUUUAAGGAGUCAUAUUCUUGCUGCCCCUUGGCAACGUCUUUUCACAAGGCAUUUUCCUUAUUAGACGUAUUGAGUACACACUUGGCUUUUUAUUGGCUGAGACAAGUUGUCAUGAUCUGCCCCACAGCCAAACACGGUCUUUUUCUUCAUGAAGGCGCCUAAUGUUCCUCAUAGAGAUGCAUUGAUUCAAUGCAUCUCUAUGAGGAGAUGCUGAUUGGAGCAGUGCGGUGUUUUGCCGCACAUGCACAAUAGCCUGCCAAUGCUUUCCUAUGGGAGAGCAUUGGAUUGGCUGAGAUCGUCAAUUUUGAUUAUUACAGUAAAGAAGGCAAAAUGGGGGCGGGCAUGGACCUAAAUAGUGUUAUUACAGCUAUAGUGAAAUUGAAUUCAUGUUUGUAUUCCUGUCACUAUAGUGUUCAUUUAAGCUAUUUUAUCAGGGUGGGGAUAUAAGAUUAAAAUCCUGAACAUUUGUUAUGUCAUCAUGUGACUUUGACUUUUGGUUUAUAUAUCUCUGUACAUUAUAGCAUUGUAUUUGCAUAUGAGAGGUGUACAGCGAUGGCAUAAGGUGCAGCAGAUUGCCAAUUUAGUCCAGUAUUUUUGUGAUCAUUCUGUAUUUGCAUUUAGUUCUCUCAGACCCUGUACAGACGCAGUUUUAUUUUCUACAUACACUGUAUUUAGCUUAUGCGUUUUCCUUUGACAGACAGAGGGUAGCAGGGAAACCCUGUCUGACACUCAGAUGUCUGUCUGGUACAUGAAUAUCCAUAAGGUAGGACCUCUCCCCCUUAGCUUUUUCAAGGUUUAAAGCAGCCGUGAUGCUUUGUCACACUCAUCAUGUGAGAUCAACAGCUGGGAGGGGACCCUACCCUGGUCUCAUAAAGUCAGCACCUGUGUAUACACACUGGUACAUUUUUAUUGAAAAAAAAAAAGAGGCGGGAAAAUCGCAAAGCUUUGCACUACUUGUAUAUUGAGUAUUAUAAACCUGAAAAAUGUUCCAUUGUACAUGAGGUAACACACUGGCACUACUGCUAAAAUGUUGGAUUUCAACCUUUUAGUUAAUCUUAUGUAUGUUCUCACUGUUGGGUAAAAUUUACGCUGACACGUUUAGAGUGUAAGAAGCCCUUUAUUCAAUCCAGUCAGAUAUAAAGCAAAUGCUAAAUAGACAGUUGUUACUGUAUUUUGUUUAACUCUUUGAUUGUCAGAGAUUUAAGCAACAUUGUGCCAUCCAUCCCUUGCUGUUCCCUGGAAUGCAAAGAGUUAAACCAGUUUACUGUUGAGUAUAUGUAUAUAUUCAUUAAACCCUGUUAAUUACUAAGACUGUGAUAUUGGUUUCAGAUUCUCAUGAUAAUGUGUGCAUUUAUUUUUCCUCUUUCUAUCAUCGUUCAUCAGUAUUGUGUACAGUGCAAAGGAGAUUAACAUUUCAUUGUCCGUUGUGACAUUCUAGUGCACGGUUGUCACAGUUUAUUUUCAGUAUUAAGAUAUUGUGAUAUCAUGUGUAUAUAAAGUAUUGAAAUAACCACCAGCUGGUAAUGGAUGCUGUAUGUGACCUACAUCACAGUUAUCAAAUAUACCCCUCCCCAUAUCAUUUUAGGGUUUGUUUAAUUCUUUUUUUAGUGGCCUGCAGCACACACUUUAAAAUGUGAUUCACUGGUAUAACUGGAUUUUGCACUCUUCAUUUUAAUUUUUUUUUUUUUUUAACAUGUUUGUUGAUUUAUCUUAUUUUUUUUUUUUCUUAUUUAAAGGAAUUCAUCUAAAAUCAGAGGGAGAGCAAUCCUUUGAGUGCCACAUUUAAAAUAAAUAAAUAAAUUAAAGCUGCAUUUCUUUCAAAUUGAUCUAAUGGCAUACAAGGGAAGAUUUAUUUUAGGCGUUAUCACAUCAUUACUACAUUUUACUACUUUUUUUAAUAAACUGUACUCCGAGAAAGUCUGCUAAAUAGUGAUUAUUAUUUUUUUAAAUCAGUUUGAUCAGAGAGCUGUUCAAGGGUGAUGAAAGCUUGCCCGGCAGCUGAACAAAGUACUGUUUCCACCAUGUUACCUCACCCGAUGAAGCAACUGUGUCACUGUUGAGGAACAUAUAACUAUAAUAUUCUUAUUUUACAUUUUUGAUUGGUUUAGAAAUAUUUACAUUCUAAGAUUAUAUUUGAUAUCUGACUGCCUAGACAAUAUGAACUUAUGCUGUUUUGAUCUUUAUAUAGAUUAAAUAUGUUUCUAGUUAUUUCUUGAUUGACAAAAUCGAGAAUAAAGAUGGAAAUCUCUUAUUACAUUUUAAGUCGGCGCCAUAAUUAAGUAUCUGAAUAUGUUUCUGUUAAUCAGCUGGCACUCAAAGGAUUAAUUGAUAUGGGGUGUGAAUCUGGAGUUUUUUUUAUUUCAUUUAUAGUGUAUCCAGUAUGUACCCAGUGUGUUAUUGCUGUCUUUUGUCCAUUAAAGAGAAAUUGUGAAAACAG